UUUGCUUUUUUGAAGUGCCGAGUGAGUAGAAUACAUCUUGUUCAAACUCGAGUUGGUUCAGCUUUGCUUAGGUGUUUGUCGGAACGAGGAGCUGCUGACAUUUGCUAGAGAGGAGUCUUUAUGAGUCUGGACCGAAAUGGAGGGAACUCCAGUGCUAACUAGUCUGAAGAUCCUGAUCAUCGGGGACAGUGGAGUCGGAAAAUCCAGUUUAUUGCUGCGGUUCACGGAUGAUCGCUUUGAUCCAGAACAGUCCACCACAAUUGGUGUUGAUUUCAAAGUGAAGACACUGACUGUGGGCAGUAGCCGGGUGAAGUUGUCAAUAUGGGACACGGCCGGGCAGGAGCGUUUCCGUACCCUCACACCCAGUUACUACCGUGGCGCACAGGGUGUUAUACUAGCCUAUGACUGCUCCUGUCGGUCAACGUUUGACGGUCUAAAUGUAUGGCUGAAUGAGCUAUCAACGUAUGCGACUAAGGAGAACAUUGUCAAGAUGCUGGUCGGCAAUAAGAUAGAUCGAGAAGGCAGGGAAGUGACGAGAGAGGAGGGCCUGCAGUUUGCACGCGCACAUUCCAUGCUGUUUAUUGAAGCAAGUGCUAAGACGCGUGAUGGUGUGCAGGUUGCGUUUGAAGAGCUCGUGGAGAAGGUCAUUCAAACACCAGGCUUGUGGCAGGCGGAAGGCGGCGCGGGUGCUGGCGGCGCGCCACUAAGUCUGGCUUCCGGCGGAGCGGCAGCCAUGGAAACCUGCUCAGGCUACUGCUCCACGCUGUGAUGUGCUGCUCAGAAUCUGCUCGGUGUCUACACAAAAUCCACUCUGUAUCCAUGCAGUACAGCAGUAUGUGCUUGGAGCUCUCAGCCUCGUGCAGCAGUAUCUGUAAGAACCGGAGGAGAUGGAGGCUAUGACCCAGGUUAGAGGUUGACACUGUUUCUGUUCAUGGCCCCGUUCGCAACAGUUCUGUUGCCUAGGCCCGGCCAAGUAUGCAGCUGCUGCCUUGCCACGCUGCAUUGCAGCUAUGCACCACACGUAAUGGCUCUACAGCUGCAUGUACAAGUAAGUAUUAGCUGUGCGUCAUUGGUCAUCUCAGCGAUUGAUCUCUGUUCGCUGAUUUCGCUCGGCUUCUAUCCGCCUGUGCAUCUCUGCUCCGUGCUGCAAGCAAGCAUUGGGGAUGGCUUCACACCUUGACCAACUGACCGCAACCUCUGCGUGCGCACGUGUGUGUGUGUGUGUGUGUGUGUGUGUGUGUGUGUGUGUGUGUGUGUGUGUGUGCAUGUGUGUGUGUGUGUGUGUGUGUGUGUGUGUGUGUGUGCUACUGACUGUGAGUUCCCCAUUUAGCUUAGAACUUUCUUGAGCUUACAUGUGUGUGUUAGGCAUGUUAUCAGCCAUGCUGCCAGUACCUGCUGUAAUCUGGACGCAUAACGGUAUCAGCUGCCAGACCUAUCCCAUAUCUCCUAGUGUUUUCGGGCUACUCAAUGUCCACAAUCAGAUUUUUCCUGUGCUUAAAAGUAAGUGCCUGACAUUUUCGCUGCACAUGCCGACCUUUUAUUCUGUCGUUUGUUAGCUUUAGUACAAUUUUAUCUUGCUCAGCACCUGCAGAAAGACUUUGAAUGGAACUGUUGCCCUCACUUGUCUUGAAGGCCUCUGGAAGACAGCUGCUCUAUAUUUUACUUUCGUCAUUGCACGAUAGAAGUGCACUUUUGUUUGAGUCAAAUGAUAAAUAUCAUGCUGCGUGAGUGAACUCGCCUCUGAAAUGUUUGUUUCUGUGCUGGCGUGUUUCAAGAUAUUUCUACCUUUAUUCUAUGCAUCUCGUCAAGUCAUGUACAUUUUUCAAUCAUUAGUGCAAGU